AUGGACGUUUCUGUGGAAGACAUCGCUCCUGUCGCGUCCAAAGAUGGGCAACCAGACCCAGACAGCGGCCCUCAGACGCUGGACCGGCCCACGAUCCAGGAGCAGGAAAUGCAGAUGGACGAUCGCGAAGACGACGCCGACGGAGACGCGGUGGAGAAGGAGGAGGAAAUGGACGAUCAGGUGGCAGACGCCGCUGAGAGGGUGGGCGGCGGCCUGCCUGUGCCCACAUAUGAGGAUAUCCCGCUCCCCGCCGAGGUCCCUCUGGACAGCUAUGGCGGGAUCAGCACGCAUGUGAAGGAGGACAAGCUCAUGUACUGGGCCCCCAGAGCACAGUGGAUCCCCGCCAACAUGUCGGAAGUAAGCAUACGCAUCGACCCCCUUACGCGCUCCAUCCUCGUUCGCGCCGGCGGUGACCUGGGCUCGUGUCAAGGACUUGGGGCUGAGCUGUCCGCCCAGGAUGCAGCGGAGUCCGGGCCCCCUCCCAAGACUAUCGCAGACUUUCGCUGGCCACCCAGGUCAGGUUCAAUACCCGUGUUCGUGUGGCCGAAGGACGAACGUCCCCGCCCGAUCGGGUACCACAUGCCGGAGCUGAAAGGCAAGAACUACCAGUUUGUCUUGGAUUUCCUGCAACAAGACGGUCUCGACCUGGGCGAAGGUUGGAUGCUGUGGAAUCCAAGCCGUUCAAAUUGGCAAAGAGGCGACCAAACCAGCCCUAUUCACGUGCGGUGUCGGAAGACGCUCUUGCUGCGCCAUGCGGAUAACGAACGCGCCCUAUAUGCCGGCGACUUCAUCCAUCGCCUUGAGGUCUACGGCCACGUUGUCACGGGAGAUAGUGAGCUUACCGCCUUGUCUGUUGGGGACAGUGCGGACGAAGAAGAGGGCGCGCGGAAGGUGCGAAAGCAGGCUUCGAACGACACGAAGUAUGGAGACGGAGAAAGACUUUGA